GAGGGACUAAAGGAGGAAAUGGGGGAAAGUUAAGAAAUUAAAAAGAAAAUCAACACACACCACACACACUUCAGUGUGUGUGGGUGUCGCCUGGAACAAAGAAGCAAGAGCCAAAAACCCUCAACAUCAUAAAUUCAGUAAAUUGAAAGGGAAUCCAGGGCCUAAAUCAUUGCAUGUGCACAUAGAAACAUUCAACUAAGUUAGUCUAUCGAAUGGAGUAAAAGAAGAAGACACAAGCCAUUCCGGAUCACAAUCAAAACACGACAAAGAUGGCAAGUGGAGGAAACACGGAUAACACAGAACGUAUAACCCGGAACGAGUUAAACAAGAUGAUCUCGGAUGAAGUAACGAGGGUAAUUGAUGCAAAUGUUUCUAAGCUAGCUCAAGAGGUGGAGGGCCAAGUACUUAGUACGGUAGAAAAUAUGAUCACGGGCAAGGUGGAUGAAUUGAAGGAAAUGAUAGCCGGAAUUCAAGGCAAGAAAGAGGCAAGACGGUGCACCUACAAGGAUUUCAUGGCAUGUAAGCCUACGACCUUUAACGGGGAAAUUGACCCCAUAGAAUGCCAAAGAUGGAUAGCUAACAUGGAAGGGGUGUUCAUUCGGAGUCAUUGUGACAAGGAAGACCAAGUCAUGUUUGCCACGGGGCAACUUAUGCGAAGGGCUAAAGAUUGGUGGGACUCGUAUAGUAAGGAGAUUGGAGAAAAUCGAGUUCAAACCUUGACUUGGCAGGAAUUCAAACAGCCUUUUAUCAAGUACCAUUGUCCACAAUCGGCUGUGGAUCGAAUUCAAGAAGAUUUUCUCCGGUUGCGACAAAGGGACGAAUCAGUUAACGAAAUCACGAACACUUUCCUCGAUCAACUGAAGUUUUGUGAAGAAAUAGUUGGAACAGAAAGGAAGAAGAUUAUUCGUUAUCAUGGCAUGCUCAAAGCUGAAAUUCGGGAGUUCAUAACUCCUUCAAAAUGUGAAACUUUGGACGAGAUCAUCGAUUUAGCAAGGGAUAGAGAAAUCGAGAUAAAGAGGCAAGAUGAACGUGGGGAGAAAAGGCAAGCCGAGAAGGGGUCAACUCAAAGCUCAUCUAAGAAACCCAAAACACAUGAUCAAGGAAAGAAGGAAGCUUCCAAAGGUGGGUUCCCACGAUGCAAAACAUGUGGAAAACCCCAUUCCGGUGAGUGCUUAUUGGGAAGGAAGGGGUGUUACAAUUGCGGGUAAGAAG